UGGGGUAUCAAAUCGGCUGAAAAUUUGUAAAAGCACAGAGCAUGGCCUGAUAGUGGGUAUGAAAAGCACUUACUAUAGUUCUUAGCUUGAAAAAAGCUCCAAGUAAUGCAAAUCAGGCUGGCUAUUUCAUGCCUCUUUGUUAUAAAAAUGUGACUAACCAAGGCCUACUAAGAAACCUGACUUUUCAGCAGUUGUGGGGAUUCAGCUGAAUAAAUUUCCCUGGGAAAAGAUGCAAUGCAGAUAAAACUGGCCCAAGUAAGAGAGAGGUGUUGGAGGCUGCAUUAAUUUAAAGGAAGAAAUGACCUAUAUAAAGUGUGUGUGAAUUAAAAACUUGGCAAAACCAGGUAGAGAUGAGCGGAAUGGCAUUAGUGGACAGGUGGAUCUACUGUCUGUCUUGUACAGCUGCCCUUGAGCUGGAAGGAGGCAAUGCAGAAGGAGUUGUGUUGGGAAGCAAGCUUUGGCACAUGUGCUAUCAAUAAACAGAUGCCCUUGCUGAAUGGAUGCUGUGGAAGCCUGCUCAGAGCUGUUCUGUUGGUGUUGCAGGGUGGGGAGUUAAAGCACUGAAUUGGAGAGCAUAGCUCUCGCUUUUUCUUGGCAUGGGGGCAGCAAUCGAGUACUAGAGCUGGCUGUGCGUGGCUUUGGCAGCUGGAGCUGUGCUGCAUCACAUGGCCAGUGGCUGCUGCUACUGCUCCUGGCUUGUCCUAUUCUGUGUGGUGGGAGCAGCUUUGGAGCCUGGCUUGCAGCCAGAUGGGAUUUUUAUUAAGGUAAUACUUUGUGUUUAAGGUCAGCUGCAAUGCAGUUGACUUAAGGGGGGAUGAGUGUGAUAAAUCUGUCCAGUGGUUUAUCCAGAGCCAGGCCAAAAAGUCUGCCAAAAGCAUCUAGCCUAACCUUGGUGUAAGGGCAGGAGCGAUAGGUAUGAUGUUCUGGGAGCUGCCUGGCUGCGGAGGCAACUCCAGGGCUACAUCUGGCAAGGUGCUGGGUGGGAGCUUCCCUAGAGUGGGUGCACAGAGACGGACAGUGUUACAUCCCUGGAGAACAGGCUGGGCACUGGAGGAGGGGAGCCCGUGGUAGAGGGGCACACAAGUCCUUGCCCCAAAAGGCACAGGCUGUUUCCAAAGGCUCUGUCAGCCUUGAGUAGGUGGGUUGUGUUUGGCAGAGCCCUGUGGCUAUGUAGGUGUUUCCGAGGGGCUCGGUGCUAGCAUGAUGGAGGCUUGAUGUGUGAGCUCUGUGCUGGAGGUAAAACUUUCUGGGCCAUCUGAGCUGACGUCUGUUUUAAAGUGCAGUAGGGGAAAGGGGUUCCUCUCGGUGCAGAGCAAUGUCAGCUGAGUCUCUACCCUGCUGCUGUACCAGACUGUUGCUAUCCUUACAAUGCCACUUGCAGGUAUUUCAGAUGGAGCAGUUAAGGGAGGCAGUGAUGAGCGAUACCUGUAGCUCAACCAAACGAGGCUUUUUAGCCUCUAAAAAUACCAGACCUUUGGGGUUUUAUGAAAGGUGAGGUCAGUUGCAUACAGCAGCUUGUGACAAACUGAGUUCCUGCUCCUACAAAAGCAUCCGAUGCUCUGAGAGUACUAGACUAUUUUCCUCACAAACAAGCAAUGGCUGUGGAUGUAGCAAUGCAGUUAUACCUGUGCUCCUCACCCCUGCGAAGAGAGAAGUGUGCCUGCAAAAUUGCUCCAAAGCCAAGCAAGCCACUGCGGCCCUGCAUCCAGCUGAGUAGCAAGACUACGCUGAAUGGACCAGAAGAGGCAGCAAACACCUUCACACACAACAAAGUGAAGAAGAGGGUGUCCUUUGCAGAUAGCAGAGGCUUUGCUCUGACAAUGGUGAAGGUGUUCUCGGAGUUUGAUGACCCGCUAGAUAUUCCUUUCAACAUCACUGAGCUGAUAGACAACAUCGUGGGUCUGACAACAGUGGAGAGGGACAGCUUUGUCCUGGAUUUUGUUCAGCCCUCUGUGGACUACCUGGACUUCAGAAACCGCCUCCAGGCAGACUGCGUCUGCCUCGAAAACUGUAUGCUGAAGGAGCGAUCCAUUGUGGGAACAGUGAAGGUGAAGAACCUUGCUUUUGAAAAGACUGUGAAGAUCAGGAUGACGUUUGACACCUGGAAAAACUUUGUGGAUCACCCAUGCCAGUAUGUCAAGGAUACGUAUGGAGGGUCAGAUCGGGACACAUUUUCCUUUGACAUCAGCUUGCCUGAGGGAAUUCAAUCCCAUGAAAGAGUAGAGUUUGCCAUCUCCUUUGAGUGCAAUGGAAAGGUGUACUGGGACAGCAACAGGGGCACAAAUUACAGGAUUGUACGUUCAGAACUGAAAUCUGCCCAGGAAGCUGUCAGCCCCCCACAGGGCCCUGACUUUGGCAGUGCUUUUGACCAGUUUGGGAGCCCUCGAUGCUCCUACGGCCUCAUUCCUGAGUGGCCCAGCUAUUCUGGCUACGAGAAGCUAGGGCCUUACUAUUGACCCAAGGACAAAGUCCUGAUUGACUGUUGCUGGCGCGUCAGCAGGCCUGAAAGCCGGUCUGAAGGUGGAGUGUAUGGAAAGGUGGAAGAAGUAUGGCUCCACGUAGCUUUGCAUAAGCCUCACAGCAAAACCAGAUGUGCAGUGCUCUGCUGGCAGUGGGCUUGUAGUCAGGGAAGCGUCCCUGGCAAAACGGGCUGCCUUUCCUGCCCCAGCUCAGAUAACUGGCUCUCUGGAUGCUCAGAGGACCAGGAGCUGUUGCUCAUGCAUCUCCUCAGUGCUGCUACUCCUUCCUCUUCUAUAAAGCUGCUAGUCUCCAGGGGAACACUACAGUGCUUAUAUCGUCUGUUGAAGCUGCGUAGUGGUGGCUGGUUUGUAUUGCUUGCCUAGUGUUAAAAGGCUUUUUCAGAAUGUUCUAGUAUUAUAUUUAGUGGGCUGUCCUUACAAAGCUGGCCCAUGCCUGUCUGGUAAUAGUAGGGGGCUUGUGGGGAACGGGGUCCUCUCCUUGCACGCAUCCUUGUAGUGUGAGGCCCUUCCUGCUGGAGGCAGAAAGGGUGUUUUGGAGACAAAGAAUGCGACUGUGAUGACAGGAAAUAUGGCCCUGCAGCCUGCCAUAUUAGGAGACGUGUGCCUGUGCAAGAGGAUCUGAUCUGCUUAGUCACCAGUUGUUUUAUCAGCUGAUCUUAAAAAAACUCUCAUUAUAUCCUUGGUGUUACCAAAAAUAGAGAUUAGCUGUAGCUGUGUGGUGUUUGUAACACAGCCAUGGGUCAACAGCCUUGACUGCCUUCUUCAGAACCUUCCUGUUUCUUUAAUCACAAGUGAUGGGUGAUGCUUUUUUCCCCUUAAUGGACAUUUGAAGUCAGCUGUUGGCCGUGCUGGGCCCUGAAAAUGCAGUUCUUCCUCCUAUGGACUGUAAACCAGGGUUUUGUCCAGCUGGGGCCUAGAGUCCUGUGCAGGAGGCUGUGCUCAGGUGUUACAGGAGCUAAAUACAAAUGGACCGCAUGGCUGCUCUGUGCUGUGUCUGUUACAAGAAGGUGACUGUUGUGUACCUGCUGCAGUGGAAGUGCCUUGACUGAGGAAGGGGUGUUAACAUGCAAUCCCAGCAAUGCUUUGGGAUAAACAGGCUUUGGAAAUAACAUUGCUUUUAAAAAAGAUCUCCUAAUGGUUUGUUACUGGGUGCCCUGGACUGCUUGGCAGCUAAUGGCAUGGCAGUCCUCACCUGUGAGGAUGCUGUGGCUGUACUGGAUGAACAUCAAUGUGCUGGGCCUGCCUCACUGUUGUGGCAGUAGCUGCCAUCUCAACCUGUAAAUGCCCGAACUUUGCAUCUCUGUGUCCAUAAGAAGCGGCUCACUCCACCUGUGCAAAGAACUAGCCAUAAGAAGUGUGAGAUGGGUCAUCCUGACACCUGGAUGUGAAACAAAUCAUAGAUGUGAAGCAUCCCCAUCUUCAAAGAGGCAGCUUGUCUUCUAGGCCUGAGGUGAGGUGGCCAGCUUGUGCAGUGCCGAACAGCCUCACAAAGCUGCUUGGGUGCCAGCUGAGCAGAGUAACUUACUCCCUUGGCUCAAAGGGAGAGUGCUGAAUAGUUUGUAGAAAUAGAAGUCAAGGGAAUCUUACUUUUUUCUAGUGCAUAAGCUUUAUAUAAUUUUUUGUGCAUUGAUAAUGGCCUUUGGAUGGGCUGGAGAGAAGCAAUGGGCUAGCCUACCUAACUUCUUAAACUUAGCUUUUAAUUCUGGAGACUACUGUAUAAAAUACUUAAAAACUAUUUUACCCGAACUUAGAAAGGAUACUGUGAUCACUGUUGGAUGCUGAAAGGAGCAAGAGCUUCCAGAGAGAAUAGCUUCCCUUCAACUGCUCCUUUUCCAAAAACCUAACACCAAUGCAUGUCAUAACUGUGCUUGAUCACUUAGUCAAGGUGGUAAAUCUGCUUGCUAGUCCAGAGCUCACCACGCUUGGUUCCUCUGUUCAAACAGCUUCCUGAAUCAGCCCUUAUAACCUGCAUCUGGUCACUCUUGAAGGGACUGUUGCCUAGCUUGGCUUAAACCUGGUUUUAAACUUUAAGCAAGCUUGAGUGACACUUUUUUUUUAAGAAGUUUAUGGUGUUAAUACUGUAAGAUACUGACUGUAGAGAAGUCAUGUUCUCCUAGCAUGUUCUCAAGCCUAUGGAGAGUUGUUUGUGAGCUGAAUCAAGGCAUGUAUGUCUGGGGUACUGUGGAUGGUGGUAUCUCCUUAUGGAGCCUGUUUGGUUUUAGGUUGUGGAUGGGGUGUGUUUAGGAAGGAACGUGGAAGAUUAGCUAGAGCAAUGCCAUAAGUAAAAGCUAGGAUGGGAACUGACUAUUUGACCAAUAGCGGUUUAAAAAUACUACUUGUGGCCUUUCCCUUUUUCCCUUUUCCAUUGCUAAUGUGAACAUAGAAGCGAGGGGUUGCUUUCCUUGCUCUAUGCCUGGAAGUGCCUUGUGGGGUGUUUUGCAUGUUUGUUUUUUAAAAGAUAUUUUUGUACACAAUAUUCAAGUGGAAAAUGCACUUUAUAAUUGCUGUGUAAUGACUUUUAAAACUAUGGUUCUGUUUUUAUCUGAUUGUUAAAAUAAAGGUGGAACAAAAUGUUG